AUGCGCUUCCUGGGAAUGUGCGGCACAAUUGCCGGUUCUGCAGUAACUUUCCAGCGCAGCCGACCUCACAGACCUACUAGUUCUGGUGGUCUCUUACAUCUGGAAACGGAGGUGAAUCUGAAGUCUUUCCACCGCCUCAAAGUGCCUCCAGCUUCAGGGAAGUCCAAUUCCCUGACUACACUCCGUCUCCUUCCAUUCAGUGGGGCUUAUGCAGUCAUAUUUCCCGUUACCUACAUCUACAUCUACGCUGUUGGCGACGCUCGUCGUCGUAGUGGACUGAUCGGCAUCAAUGAUUUUAUCUCAAUAUUGGGCUACCCUCUGGCCUACCUGGCUGGAUAUUUUCUUUCUUGGCCUACCGUGACUUGGAUGAUGACCCUUGUGACGUUCCUGCCAGCAUAUGUUGGUCUUCUGGUGUCGCCAGAGUCUCCUAUUUGGCUCAUCAGGAAGGAUAGGAAAGAAGAGGCCUUCCAAGUACUGUCCAAAUUACGGUGUUCUGACGGUGAGAAAAUCGAGGAGUUAAGAGUUGUAUCACAAAACGUCCAACCUACUACAAGCUGCAGCUAUAUAUUCAAAACGUUAAGGAAGAAGUCGAAUUUAAGGGCAGUAACAGUGUCAGCCUUUAUACUGAUCCUGAAGGAGAUGGGAGGCUGGUCUGUGGUGUUUGGGUUUAUGAUCAAAAUCUUCCAGGAGUCAGGUGUUCGGCUCGACCCAUCUUUAAGUUCAUGUAUAGCUACAGCAAUAUUUGCUGCUAUCAGGGGUGUCUCAAUCUUCUUUAUAUUCUAUAGUCCUCGGAAACGCAUCUUGCUCGUGGGAAACAUUCUCAAUGCUCUGGGUACAGCCUUAUUAGCUACUUACUUUUUCCUGCAGGACUCUGGUGUGGACUUGACUUCCUUAUAUUGGGUUCCGCCGUUGGGUAUGUUAUCGUUCAUGGUGGGAUAUGGUGGAGGGGUGGGAUCUACCUCUUGGACUAUGUCAACGGAGGUUUUGCCUAUUUCCGUGCGUUCCUUUGGUGUUAGCUUCAGUACUUCUGCCUUUUCAUUCUCAGCAUUCCUUAUCACAUUGACCUUCAAUAACGGAGAACCGUCAAUAGGGCUGCCCUGGGCGUUCCUGGUAUAUAGUAUGGGCUCUGUAGCUCAGGGUGUGUUAAUUAUGAUCUUUGCUCCAGAAACACAUGGUCGCUCCCUUGCUGAUAUUGAGAACUACUGGGAUGCUUAUAACUAACAGCGUUAAAUUAAGAAGUUUACGUGUUGCAUAAAGACUAUCUAAUAUUC